AUGAAGGGAGUUGCCGCUGAGAUUAUCCCUGACUUCCCGGACAGCUUGACCCCAACGGUCAUCAUGUACAAAGACAAGGAGUGCAUCAAGAAGGUGCAGGGCCUCGCCGAGUGGGGCGGCAGCAGAGUCAGUGCUGACUCAGUGGAGUGGCUGUUGGCAGAGCUGGGGGUGGUGCUCGACUGA